UUGGCUGCGACGCCCGCGCUAGUGCUCCAGGCUCGACGGCUCCUUCACCGCGCCCGCCCGGCCCUGCCGCUCAUGGCCGCCCCGCCGCACCCCGCGCCAUCGCCCCCCGCCCCGCGCCGCCCGCGGCGCCCCGACACGAGCGACGUCCUGCAGCAGAUCAUGGCCAUCACCGACCAGAGCCUGGACGAGGCGCAGGCCAGGUGCUGCCCGCGGGCUCGGCAGGGGCCACGCAGGGUCGUGGCAGUGAGAAAGCAUGCUCUGAAUUGCCAUCGGAUGAAGCCUGCUCUGUUCAGCGUGCUCUGUGAGAUCAAGGAAAAGACAGGGGUAAGCAUCCAUGGCAUUCAGGACGAAGAUCCCCCUGACGCCCAGCUCAUGAGGCUGGAUACCAUGCUGCUGGCCGAGGGUGUGUGCAGGCCCGAGAAGAGAGGAAGAAGAGGAGCCGUGGCUAUGGCUGGCACAGCAACACCAGGUGGCUGUCCAAAUGACAAUAGCAUUGAGCACUCUGACUACAGGGCCAAGCUGUCCCAGAUCCGACAGAUUUACCACUCUGAGCUAGAGAAAUAUGAACAGGCCUGUCGUGAGUUCACCACGCACGUCACCAACCUCCUCCAGGAGCAGAGCAAGAUGAGGCCUGUCUCCCCUAAGGAGAUUGAGUGCAUGGUCAGCGCCAUUCACGGCAAGUUCAGCGCCAUCCAGAUGCAGUUGAAGCAGAGCACCUGUGAGGCGGUGAUGACCCUGCGCUCGCGGCUGCUCGAUGCCAGGCACAAGCGGCGGAAUUUCAGCAAGCAGGCGACAGAAGUGCUGAAUGAGUAUUUUUACUCCCAUUUGAACAACCCUUACCCCAGCGAAGAAGCCAAAGAAGAGCUGGCCAGGAAGGGCGGCAUCACCGUCUCCCAGGUCUCUAACUGGUUUGGCAACAAAAGAAUCCGGUAUAAAAAGAACAUAGGGAAGUUUCAAGAAGAGGCUACUAUUUACAUGGGUAAAACGGCUGUGGAUACCACGGAAGUUGGGGUCCCAGGGAACCAUGCCAGCUGCCUGUCAACACCCAGCUCCGAUACCUGUGCUUUGGGGACAGAAUGGCGAUACUAAUAAGAAAAGACAUGAAAGGGCCGGGCGCAGUGGCUCACGCCUGUAAUCCCAGCACUUUGGGAGGCCGAGGUGAGUGGAUCACCUGAGGUCAGGAGUUUGAGACCAGCCUGGCCAACAUGGUGAAACCCCGUCUCUACUGAAAAUACAAAAAAAAUUAGCUGGGCAUGGGCUGGGUGCAGUGGCUCACACCUGUAAUCCCAGGCUGAAGCUGGCAGAUCACGAGGUCAGGAGAUAGAGACCAUUUUGGCUAACACAGUGAAACCCCAUCUCCACUAAAAAUACAAAAAAUUAUCUGGGUGUGGUGGUGGGCGCCUGUAGUCCCAGCUACUUGGGAGGCUGAGGCAGGAGAAUGGCGUGAACCCGGGAGGCGGAGCUUGCAGUGAGCCGAGAUCGCACCACUGCACUCCAGCCUGGGCGACAGAGCGAGACUGUCUCAAAAAGAAAAGACAAGACAAGACAUAAAAGGACAUUAGUAGUGUGAUGGGAAGGGCCCUGCUGGCCUCCCUGGGGUGGGGGGCUGAGGAGCAGAGGCCAGAUGCUGAGGAGGAGCAGGAGCCACAUUCGAGGCCUCCUGCCGGCUGAGGGGCUGGGCGGGUCCCACCUGAGGAGGUGCCACGACUCUGCCCACCCGGGCUCCCAUCUCUUCCAGGCUCCUCUGGACCCUUCCCGCUGCUCAGUGCUGGGGACGCCUUCCUCACCCUGCGGACUCUGGCCUCUCUCCAGCCUCCUCCUG